ACGCAACCAAAAGUUUGGUUAAAUUACCGACGGAAGUUUUUGUGUAGUUCUAAUAUGAUGCGAGUAAGUGCUCAUGUUGACGUUAGUGAGUAUCAGUGUAGCUACUUGAGAGCGUAGCUACCUAGUAUUUGUUUCUACCUUCAUUUCAGUACUUUUGUCCUUCAUUUUUCGUCUUUCUCUGAUCAAGUGUAACUCACAUAUUCAACUACCCUCUACAUAUAACCAUGUCUACUACCAUUACAAUCAGCAGCAAUAGUCCAAUUGUCAUUCGCCAUGAUGGUCUACCCAAUGCCCAUACUAAUGGACCUACCAAUGGAUAUUUUAAUGGCGACAGUCAGAACAGAUUCAUUGAAUAUGCCAAUAGUGUCACUACGAACGGACACAAUACACAUUUCACUGCUGAACCAGGACUUAACGAUGCACCAGACCGUGUUAAGUUCGCCUAUUGGGUCCCUAACGUUUCCGGCGGUUUAGUCAUAUCGAAAAUUCCUCAGAGAACAAGUUGGGACUACGAAUCGAAUGUGAGAUAUGCGCAGACUGCCGAAGAAGUCGGAUUCGAAUAUGCUCUCACGCAAAUCCGAUUUAUGGCAGGAUACGGAGCUGAUAACCAACAUGAAUCCGUCUCCUUCUCACAAGCGCUUCUCCAUAAUACUAAGAAAUUGAACGUCAUCGCGGCCUUAUUACCUGGACCUUGGAAUCCAGCCGUCGCCGCUAAGCAAAUUGCCAGCAUUGAUCAUUAUACAAAUGGGAGGAUCUCUGUAAAUAUUGUUUCUGGUUGGUUUAAGCAAGAGUUCACAAGCAUUGGACAAUGGUGGCUGGAGCAUGCUGAGCGAUACCGACGUAGUAGGGAAUUCAUCGAAUGUUUGAAAGGGAUUUGGACUUCCCCGAAGUUCUCAUACAAGGGGGAUUUUUACCAAUUCCAUGAUUAUCCAUUAUCACCAAAACCGCUCAAUCUACCAGGUCGACCACAUCCUCUGAUUUUCCAAGGCGGAAAUUCAAUUGAUGCUCGGGAAAAUGGAGCAUCGGUAUCCGAUUAUUAUUUUAUGAAUGGCAACACCCUGGAAGGCUUCCAAGAGCAAAUUGCCGAUGUUAAAGAGCGAGCGCGGAAGCUCGGGCGUGAAGAAAAAAUACAUUUUGCCGUCAAUGGCUUUGCUAUCGUCAAAGAAACGGAAGAAGAGGCCAUACAGCUACUCUCGGAAAUUCAAGGCAAAGCCGACAGAGAAGCUGUGAAUGCCUUCUCGGAUGCAACAAAACAAGCUGGUUCAUCAACAGGGAGUAAGAAGGGCAUGUGGGCAGACAGCAAAUUUGAGGAUUUGGUGCAAUACAACGAUGGAUUCAAAACAAAAUUGAUUGGAACAGCUGAACAAGUGGCCGAUAGAAUUUUGUUAUUGAAGAGCUUGGGAAUUGACAUUGUUCUGAUUGCAUUUUUGCAUUAUGAGGAUGAUAUUCAAAACUUUGGUGAAAGGGUUUUACCAUUGGUCCGAAAGCUGGAGAAGGAAGGAAGAGGUAAAAAUGCAGAGGAUGAAAUUAUAAGAACUGGAGACGUUUACCGUGCAAAAAGGUGAAGAUUAAGGUGCGAUGUACACUCAGAACCUAGCCAGGACAGAGUCAUGAAAGCUCUAGAGAACCUAAAGGAACCUCGACCUCUUGAAUGUAUAUAUAGGGAGCUUGGGUUCGGCACACACUCAAUAAUUGGGGUUUCUCCAAGUAUUUGAUAGAAUCUGUGUUCUCUGGAGUAUUCAUGAUCAGGUCAGUCUUUUCUCAUUGCCACCAUUUCUGAGGUGUUAUUGGUUGUUGAAAAGAUAUUGAAGGGAUGUUGUUGAUUCAUUUAAUUGUAAAUAUUUAGUUUGUAUUAAUACCGUACGUCAUGAUAAAAAUCAUUCACGUGGGUGGAGGAGUCGUAAUUUUGAAGAUUGAUUUGUUUUCGAUGAAGUUCAAGCGGAUCCAGAA